AUGGGCGACGUCGAUCCUCCACGGAAGCAGCUGCUCUGCCGUCGGCUUCAGCUGACCAAAGGUCUCAGUGACUUGCCCUACGACUUGGUUCUCUAUCUUCAACGAGCUGUCGUGCACUCCGACCUGGGCUAUCCCGAUCUAGCCGCCGGCGAUGCCUACAGAGCGCUUCUUCUGACGGAUGAGGUGUGCAAUGAAGAGUUUGAGUAUCAUGAAGAGGCCUUGGCCAGUCUGAUGACGCAUACCGGCGUUGUGAUUCCUGAAGUCAUGGUUCAUGGAAAUCUCCCUGAAGAAUGGCCCCCGGCUGCCAUGGAGAGUCUGAGCGGAAGCGAGGAGGCGGCGCGCCGCCUUGCAGGCCUUGCCUCCAUCCGGGCCUACCAGAUCUUGUCACUGAGCUUGCUGCUUUGCGGCUGCUUGAAAUCUGCGCACAACUUUUGCCAACGCGGCCUGCAACUAGCUCCCAGGAACAGGGAGCUGCUCAACACACGCGACCACAUCAAGACCGUUGCUCAACGCCGGCUUCGCCGCGACGAGUUCGAUGUCAACGACCUGCCAGAUCACGGUCUCGUGCGCCGAGAGGUCUAUCCAUGGAACACCCACGAGCCAGACCGGUUCUCGCCGGCCUCGCUGGACGCACUGAACGCUGAAUUGCGAAAGAUGGCGCCCAAAUGCGCGGUGCAGAUUGCAACGCUGCCAGUCCUGCUGGAGGCGGCCAGCGACACAGACCACUACGACAUCAUCCCGACCUGCAAGCAGCUGGGUGUAUUUGCAACCGAGGACAUUGAACCGGGCGAAGAUGUCUUGAGAGAAUACUCUCUCUUGACAGCCAACAAUCGUCUAAAGGACCCCGUCUGCGACGCUUGCAGCUCCGACCUCCCGCCGUUGGCUAGUGAGCAUGCCGCCGCCGUCAGCUGCGAGGAGUGCCAUGAUACCGUGUUUUGCAGUCAAUACUGCCACGACGUUGCCCAAGAGCGAUAUCACCCCUCGGUGUGCGACAAGGACGUCGACGCCAUCGCCAAGGAUUCGGCAGCCUCCGAGGCUGACGAGACGCUCCAUCUUCUGCUAUUGUCCCGUGCUCUGGCCCUGUCUGCCCACCAGGAAACCCACCCCCUCGAUCUGCGAGAGGUCAGGUUCAUUUGGGGAGACUUUGUGCCGACAGCGACCAACGACAUUGACAUCUCGCCAAGGGCCGGACCGCCCCCGGAAUGGACCCUGCCGUUCUCUUUCAAGUACAGCAUUGAAACACCGCUCCACAUCCUGGAGAAGAUGGACAUUGACAUUUAUACGUCCCUUCCGCGCUACGACCUGUGGGUGUUGAACACCUUGUACUCCAAGUUCCGGGGAACCGCGUCGGCCAGGAAAAACCCUCGGGACGGCCGGCCCGAUGUCGCAGCUGUCCAUCCGUACUGGUGCUUGGCCAACCACGACUGCGAUCCAAACGUGACAUGGGACUGGGGCGGUCGAAUGGUGCUCUGGGCUCGGCGGGACCGCGUCGUGGGCGGCUGUCCAGGCGGCGGCAUCAAGAAAGGCGACGAGAUUCUGAACCACUACUGCGACGUUUCCCUGCCAGUGCAGCUGCGUCGAGAAUGGGCCCGGGGCAGUCUCGGCGGCUGGUGCAUGUGCAAGCGUUGCAGGGACGAGACGGCGCAAAGCGACGGCUUGUCGAGGCCCACGGCCUGA